GUACAAUACAAAAAUGGGAGAAAAAACUUUCUUCAUGCUUCCUCUUGCUAUGUCUUUCAUUCUUUUUCUCUCUCAUCACACAUCUUCUCAGCCGCCGGACAUCUUCACAGACAAAUCCGCCCUUCUAUCCUUAAAAUCCCACAUUAUCUCCGACCCACUUGACCUAAUAAUAACCAAUUGGACCAGUGGUUCCGAUGUUUGCACCUGGAACGGCGUCGGUUGCAGCACUCGCCACAAAAGGGUCGUUUCACUUGAUCUGUACAACAUGGAUCUUUCCGGUACGAUUCCACCGCAAUUGGGUAACCUCUCUUUCCUCCUCCACCUCGGUCUCUCAAGAAAUAAUUUCCAUGGCCAAAUCCCCGGCGAGAUUUCUCGCCUCCGUCGCCUUAGAUCCCUUGAACUCGCUCUUAACCAACUUACCGGAACGAUACCUUCUUUUAUCGGCGACUUUCCGGAUCUGGAAACACUAAUUCUCGGUAACAACAGCUUCUCCGGUACCAUCCCGCCGGAGAUUUUUCGCAACGACUCGAAGCUGGAGAUUAUCAAUUUGUCCGGAAAUCAGCUGAUUGGUGAAAUUCCGGCGGAGAUUGGAUAUCUGAGGAGAUUGUGGUAUGUAAUAAUGGGAUUAAAUCAACUUAGUGGGCAUAUUCCUUUAUCAAUCUUUAACAUAUCUUCAUUAGAGAUAGUUAAUUUUUCGAAGAACGAGUUGUCGGGAGGUCUGGUGUCGAAUAUGUGCAGUAGGCUGCCGGAGCUACAAUUUCUUGACUUGUCUUGGAACGAAAUGUCCGGCGAACUUACCGGUGAUGGAUUUGAGGGUUGCUUAAAGCUUCAGACUUUAUCAUUAACUGCUAAUAAAUUCGUGGGAUCUAUACCAGCCAACAUUGGAAACUUAACUGAGCUUCAAUCUUUAUAUCUCUCUGCAAAUAACUUGGAAGGUACAAUACCAUAUGAAUUCAAGAACCUUAUCAACAUGCAGAAUUUAUCAGUGCAACUAGCUGGUUUAUCCGGUGUUUUGCCACAUUUUCUAUUCAACAUGUCUUCAUUAAGAAUGAUUUCACUUGCUGGCAACAGAUUUCACGGCAGCCUCCCAAGAGACAUAUGCACUCAUCUUCCUAAGUUAGAGUUUCUUUCGAUCAAUCGAAACAAUUUGACGGGUACUAUUCCUCGUCGCAUUGCUAAUUGUACUCAACUCAAAUUCAUCGAGCUCGGUGUAAACAACUUCACAGGAGUGAUCCCUCAAGAAAUUGGCAAUCUAAAGAGUUUGUUGAGAAUCAUAAUGGAUUCCAAUAAUCUUGAAGGUCCAAUCCCAGAUUCAUUGUUCAACAUGUCAACACUAAACACAAUCUCAUUUGUGGCAAAUAAUCUUUUGGGAAGUCUACCACAAACUUUAGGUCUUUACCUACCUAAUCUUCAACGUCUUUUUCUUGGUUUAAAUAACCUACAAGGAGCUAUGCCUGAAACCAUCGUGAAUGCUUCAAGCCUUGUUUUGAUCGACGUUGCUGAAAACCAGCUUACAGGUCCCAUACCUAAUUCAUUUGGCAGCUUGACACUUCUUGAGAUCCUAAACUUGCGUGGAAACGACUUGACUUCUUCACCUGAAUUGAGUUUUCUCACCUCUUUGGCAAACUGCAAGCACUUAUCUUUCCUCAUAUUGGAUGGAAAUAAGUUGAAUAGUUUUUUGCCACCUUCAAUUGGUAAUUUAUCUAGUAAUCUUCAGAUGUUUUCUUCCAUUCUAUGUGGUUUAAAGGGUAUCAUUCCAGAAGAGAUUGGGAAUCUAAUUGGUCUUCAGACUUUGUAUUUACAAGAUAACGUGUUUGAAGGAUUCUUGCCCAUGUCGAUGAAGAAGUUGAAAGGUAUUCAAAGAUUGGUUCUUAGUGGGAACUAUCUAAAGGGCUCUAUCCCUAAGUUUCUAUGCAGCAUGUCAGGUUUAGGUCUUUUGGAUUUGAGCAGAAAUCAGUUUUCUGAAUCAAUACCUGCUUGUUUUGGAAGCUCAACUUCUCUUAGGAACCUUUUGUUGUCUUCUAACAAGCUAGAUUCCAACAUUCCUUACCAACUAUGGGAACUCAAUAAUUUGCUCACACUAAACUUGUCAAAUAAUUCCCUGAUUGGUAAUAUUUCUCAAGAGAUUGGGAAAUUGCACACACUUACAACAAUUGACUUGUCUAUGAACCGAUUAUCGGGUGAAAUUCCAACCGAGAUCGUUGGUUUGCAAAGCUUAAUCAGCAUUUCUUUAGCAAGUAAUAGUUUAGGAGGAUCCAUACCGGAGUCAUUUGGUUUACUUUUGGACUUGCAGUCCUUGGAUCUUUCUCAUAACCAUAUUUCAGGUUCAAUUCCAAAUAACUUGGAGGCACUCAGUCAACUAAACUACUUCAAUGUAUCAUUCAAUUAUUUGAAAGGCCAAAUUCCUACUCUUGGACCAUUUCUAAACUUCACAAGCAAGUCUUACAUGUCCAAUGAAGCACUAUGUGGAGCCUCUCGGUUGCUAGUUCCUCCAUGUGCUGCGAAAACUCAUCGUGGGUCAAAGAAGAAAAGACAGUCCAUUCUCAUUGUAAGCAUCCUGGUGCCAACCAUUUCAAUCCUCAUUAUUCUCUUAAUCACAUAUUGUUUGAUAAAACAUAGAAAAGGAAAUCAAAAUUCAAAUCAACCCGAGGUAUUACCAACGCGAGAGCACGAGAAAAUAUCAUACAUUGACCUUGUGCGAGCAACAAAUGGUUUUAAUGAAAGCAAUAUGAUUGGAAAGGGUGGAUUUGGAUCGGUUUAUAAAGGGGAACUCCAAGAUGGGACGAUAAUUGCCAUAAAGGUUUUUAACUUGCAAGUAGAAGGAGGUUUCAAGAGUUUUGAUACAGAAUGCGAAAUACUUAGAAAUGUUCGGCAUCGCAACCUCACCAAAGUUAUCACCACUUGUUCAAACCUUGACUUCAAAGCUUUGGUGCUCGAAUACAUGCCCAACAACAACCUUGACACUUGGUUAUAUUCCGAUAAUCACUUUAGCUUAUUACAAAGACUUGAUGUAUUGAUAGAUGUGGCAACCGCAUUGGAAUAUCUACAUUAUGGUUAUUCUAUACCCGUGGCUCAUUGUGAUCUAAAACCUACCAAUGUCCUCUUGGACAACAAUAUGGUCGCUCAUGUAUGUGAUUUUGGCAUCGCCAAACUUUUCCAUGUAGGAGAAAGUGUCGUUCAAACCAGGACCCUCGCAACUUUCGGUUACAUGGCACCAGAGUAUGGAUUGGAUGGGCUAGUAUCGGUAAGAUGUGAUGUCUAUAGCUUUGGAAUCUUGAUGUUGGAAACCAUAACUAGGCGUAAACCGACCGAUGACAUGUUCGACGGGGAGAGGAGCUUAAGGAAAUGGGUAGAAGAAUCAUUGUUUUAUCCUAACCGAAUAGAUCGAAUUGUGGAUGUUGAUUUGAUGAACUCAAAUGGAGAUGCCGAUCAUCUGAAUGACACAAUAGAAUGCCUGUCAUCCAUAGCUACGUUGGCAUUGGCUUGUUCCGCUGAAUCACCAGAUGAGAGGAUCAACAUGAAGGAUGCCUUAUCUACUCUCGGAAAGAUUAAAACAUUGUUCCUGAAAAAGCUAUCAACUCCAAGAAAUUAAUAAUUGCAUGUCAUAUAAUGUAACUUGUUUUUGUUAUAAUAAAUUAUUAGGAAGAAACUAUUCCUAAUAUAUUUGCCAAUCCCAAAUCUAUUGAUUUUCUUUUCUUAACA